AUGUGCGGUAUUCGGUUUGAACAUCCUUUUGGACUUGCUUCUGCUCCCCCAACUACAACUGGUGCAAUGUGUAGACGGGCUUUUGAACAGGGAUGGUCUUUUGUGUUAACAAAAACUUUUGGAUUGGAUAAGGAUUUAGUGACAAACGUUUCACCACGAAUAGUACGUGGAACAACUAGUGGGCCAAUUUAUGGCCCGGGACAAGGCUCUUUUCUUAAUAUUGAACUUAUUUCUGAGAAAACUGCUGAGUAUUGGCUAGAAUGCAUCCGAGAAUUAAAAAAAGAUUUUCCAACAAAAAUAGUAAUUGCUUCAAUUAUGGCUAGCUUUGAUAAAGAUGACUGGACAGAGCUAGCUGUUCGUUCUGAAGCUGCAGGUGCAGAUGCGCUCGAAUUAAACCUUUCUUGUCCUCACGGAAUGGGUGAAAGGGGGAUGGGGUUGGCAUGUGGGCAGGACACUGAAAUGGUUAAACAAAUUUCUCAGUGGGUGAGGAGUGCUGUUAAGGUGAUUUUAAUUUGUUCCAAUAAUCCUGUUAAAUAUCCAAAAAAGAUUCCAUUCUUCCCUAAAAUGACUCCGAAUAUAACUGACAUUCGCAAAAUUGCUAUAGCAGCUAAAGAAGGAGGUGCGGAUGGUGUAACAGCAACAAAUACAGUUUCAGGGCUUAUGGGAUUGCGUUCAGAUUCUUCUGCUUGGCCAAGUGUUGGAAGGAAUAAAUUAACAACUUAUGGAGGUGUUUCUGGUAACGCUAUUAGACCAAUAGCUUUACGGGCAGUCUCAGCCAUUGCUAACGAACUUCCAGGCUUUCCUAUAUUAGCGGCCGGUGGAAUUGAUAGUGCAGAAUCCGGAUUACAAUUUUUAAAUGCUGGGGCUUCUGUUUUACAAGUCUGUUCAGCAGUUCAAAACCAAGAUUUCACUUUAGUCCAAGAUUAUUGCAGUGGAUUACGGACACUUCUCUACCUUCAGGGAAUUUCUGCUUUGUCUGAUUGGGAUGGACAAAGUCCCCCUGUAGAGAAACAUCAAAAAGGCAAACCUUUGUUACUUAAGAAUGCGGACAUGAUAGGCACAGCUUUGGACAAAGUUGGGGCUUAUAACGAUUUGGACAAUUCCCAACAAGUUGUGGCCGUAAUUGACGAUGAUCUGUGUAUAAACUGUGGAAAAUGUUAUAUGACUUGUAAUGAUUCGGGAUAUCAAGCUAUAACGUUUGACAGAGAUUCCCAUUUGGCCCAUGUUAAUGAAGAAAAUUGUACUGGCUGUACUCUUUGCCACAGUGUUUGCCCUAUACCGGACUGCAUUAAAAUGGUUCCAAAACAAAUUCCUCAUCGUAUCAAUCGAGGCAUUCCACCUUUACCACUUGGCACGAAACCUUCUGAAAUAAAAGUAUUAAAAGGAGAACGUGUUCUGCUUAGUACAAAUUAA